AUGGUGGUUCCCCUGGGACAGUACCUUAGUUCAGCUUCUGAGGUGUCGUCUGGAGAUGACGACUGUCCGGACAUAAUGUCGGACUCUGAUACCUCAAGUGACGAGAACAUAGUAUGGCUCACUAUGAGUCAUUGUUUGCUGAAGUCAGCGUCUUUGAGGCGUCCGGCUUCAGCGGCUCGGACAGAUGCAAGCGACGACAGCAGUGAUCAGUCCUGCUGGAGCUUGAUAUCCGGUUCGUCGGAUGAUACUGACUCUGAUCAUAGUACAGUGUCCCUGAGCCGACCAAGGGCGCAUAACAAGCGUCCCUAUCCGGCCAGACGAUUGAAGACGGCAGCUCUUAAUGAGCAUGUUCGGUAUGAGUCAUUUACGAUACCUACGCAGGUGACGAAUUACGGACUUAAGUCCGUCAUGGCAAAAUCUUCGACCGGUUCUAAGUCCAGGAUCUUCGGGCCGAAGCAUGGAGAGCAUACUGAGCAGGACACUGUCCCGGCGAAAGUCCUCCCGCAAGCCAAGGAUAUGGAAGGGGUAUUCCUCCCUCGCUUGCCAGACUUGGUCAAUCGUAUCGAUCUUCCAAAUCAUGCCCUCGAUGACUUAGAUAAGCCUGAGAAGAUUGAGGAAUGUGAUCGGCAUGCAAACAAGUGUUUUGAGUUUGACCGUUCUGGGCUGCGGCAGUUAGCCAAGGAAGCUAUCAAGUCCGAAGCGGACCUGGCACAGCUGGAAGCCUUGAUUGAGGGACGAGCCUAUGACAAGCAGAAGCACAGGAUCAUGAAGGUUGACCCUAUCAAGCUCUACCCACUAGAGAGGGCGAGCCUCCCGCACGAGUCCGUAGUCAGAAGAAUCCGCGCCUUGACCACCCUAAGGUGGUAA